AUGCUCCGAGGCUCGCCCGGGCUAGGCCUCAGGGGCCUGAAAGGAGCCGAGGGCUCUGCAGAGGACUUGGGAGGCUCUUGCCCUGAGCCUGGGAGGAACUUUGGGGUGCUGAGGGAAAACGGCGCCCCCCGGAGCCAGGGAGAGGCCGGGGAGGCUGCGGGCGGAAAGCGGGCCAGGCCGGUGCGGUCCAAGGCGCGGCGCAUGGCCGCCAACGUGCGGGAGCGCAAGCGCAUCCUGGACUACAACGAGGCCUUUAACGCGCUGCGGCGGGCGCUGCGGCACGACCUGGGCGGCAAGAGGCUCUCCAAGAUCGCCACGCUGCGCAGGGCCAUCCACCGCAUCACUGCGCUCUCCCUCGUCUUGCGUGCCAGCCCCCCUCCCCGCUGGCCCUGCGGCCACUUGGAGUGUCACAGCCAGAUGGCGCGCGCAGGAGGCACUGGGGACGCCCGCUCCAGCCCCGCACGGCCCGCGCCGCAACCCGCAGGGCCUAACCUCGGGCGCCGGGACGCCACAGGCCCCUUCCUGCAGCCGGCGCCGCGCUGCGCCUCUUGCUCGCCACACACGUAUAUGGGACGGCCCAGGGCGGUGGCCGACGUCCCAGGCUGGGGCCAAGCCUACGGAGGAAACUGGCGCCGAUGUCCCGGGUCUCCCUCUGCUGGGCCCCUUCCCUGGUGCCGAGGCUACCUGCGAACAGGCACCGGGUUGGGCUACCAGCACUCCUGA